UUGCCUUCUCUUAUAAGACCACAUUCACUGGCCUACUGGCUGACUGAAUCAUGUUGAGGAUCCUGAUAUCCCUAGUCAUCACUCUGGCUUCGGCCUCUCCAGUGGACUGGUCACUGAAGAACUUUGGAGACAGCCCUCUGUACCAUAAAAAUCUGUUUGAAGGUGACAUAGCUGGAGUUGACCCUCAUGGUGACCGAAACGCUAUAGUCGAUGACACAUUGCUGUGGCCCGGAGGAGUUGUUUACUAUGAGCUGGGAUCAUCGGUAGAAAGCAUUCGUGAUUACAUACUUGACGGAAUUCGGGAUUACCACGAGAAAACCUGCUUGAAAUUCAAAGAGAGAACUCCAGAUGUAAAAGACUAUGUUAGGAUCGAAUGGUAUGAUGGAUGUUGGUCCAUGGUUGGUCGUCAGGGUGGAAAGCAAGAACUGUCUCUUGGAAGUGGUUGUCAUUGGAGGGGUUUGGUUGUCCACGAGCUGGGGCAUGCUAUAGGAUUCUGGCAUGAACAAAACAGAGCUGAUAGAGACGAUUACAUCGAGAUAUUUUGGGAUAAUAUUAUAGAAGGGUUGGAAUAUGCCUUUGACAAGCUUCAACCGUGGGAGAACAACUAUCUGAACGAAGAGUUUGAUUAUGAGUCUGUAAUGUUGUACGGAGAGACAGCCUUUUCAAAAGAUGGUGUUUCACAAACCGUGAAACCCAAGAAACCGGGUGUAGUUAUUGGACUAGUGUGGAAGAAGCCUGGGCUUAGUGCCAGUGAUAUAAGGAGAGUAAAUAGACUUUACGAAUGUUUCGGUGAGGUUCGUCCUCCACCACCGGAAAUACCGGACUUCCUUUGUGAUUUUGAGAACAAUGAUUGUGGAGUAGAAAACCAAGAAAAGAUGCGCGGCGAAUUCGUUAGAACGUAUGGAACUCUUGGAGAUAGAACAGGUUAUUUCAUGAAGUUAAAAGGGAUUGAGGAUGAAAUGUAUCCCGCUGGACGACUCAUUACUCCCACAUUCGGGGUCUAUGGUCGAGAAAGAGCUUGUCUGACCAUUGACUUAUAUAUGGUAGGACUUGGUGUGGAAAGCUUUGACGUUUAUCGUCAGGAUCGAGAGACGGAAAAAAUAUACGAAACAAACGGGAAUUCGAAAGGCUGGACAACUCUUCAGUUUGAUCUAGUCACUCGUAAGGAUAUCAGAUUUUUCCUCACCGGGAACGUGAAUAAAAACAAUGGCGAAGGAGACAUUGCUAUUGAUAACAUUAGAUUCAGUCGAAGGCCGUGUUAACACCACAUCGGAUUAACUAUGCUUCAGUGCAUAACACACCACCUAAAUCUAUAAUAAAUUAAUAAUAAUAAUGAAAUAAAAAAUGUUUUUUCACUCAAUGUAAUAGUAAAGUU